AGUGUCAUACGAGUUGUUUGCAUCAAGUAUAUUUUAUAUUAAAAUUUAUAUUUUUAUGAAGUUUUUCCGUACUUUUUUUGUGAUUUAAAAUUAAGUAAAAUGAAAAAAUUUUUAGAGAGCGGAAGCUCAAAUACUAAAAAACAGAAAACACAGACGAAUCGCAAAUAUGACGAUAGUUACUUACAAUUUGGAUUCGUUGUAAAAUUUGGUUUUGAAAAUUCUACUCCGUUACCUCAAUGUGUAAUUUGUCAAGAAACACUUUCGAAUUAAAGCAUGAAGCCAUCGCUACUUAAACGCCACCAAUUAUCGAAGCAUCCAGAAACAGAAAAUAAACCUACUAAAUUUUUCAGAGAAAAGUUACCAUUUUCCGGAAGGAAUCGAAAUGCAUGUCUAGUUUUACGAACUUUAAUGAAGAUAUCGUUAAAGCAUCUUAUUUAGCGAGUUUAAUUAUUGCUAAAGAUGGAAAACCACACACAAUUGGGGAAACACUAGUGUUACCAGCAGCAAAAGAAAUUGUGCGAUUCUUGGAAAAAAGGCUGCAAAAGAGAUAGAAAAAGUGUCACUUUCAAACGAAGAAUUGACGACAUGUGGUUGAAUAUAAAAAAUAAAUUAUUGCUUUAUUUGAAAAAUUGUAAUUUCUUUGCUCUACAAAUUGAUGAGAGUACUGAUAUUGCUAACAUGGCCCAAUUAAUGGUAUUUAUACGUUUCGAUCGCAAUGAUGAAAUUAUUGAAGAGUUUUUGUUUUAUCUGCCAUGGGGUAAAUGUGUGGGUUUUUGUUCUGAUGGAGCAAGGGCAAUUACUGGAAGGCUGACCGGAGUUGCAACAAGGAUAAAAAAAGUUGUCUCAUUAUGUAAAACUAUGCAUUGCAUGACUCACCGGCAAGCAUUAGCAUCCAAUAACAUGUCUAGAAGUUUAAAAUUAGUUCUUGAUAGUGCUGUAAAAAUCGUAAAUCUAAUCAAAGCCAGACCUCUCAAUUCAAGACUAUUCACAGUAUUAUGUAACGAAAUGAACAUUACUCAUAAAUCUCUUCUUCUCCAUACAGAGGUAAGGUCAGAAGUUUUAUUACUUCUGACUGAUAUUGAUAAAGAAAAGUCCAAAUUUUUUUGUGAUAACGAAUAGCUGUCAAGUCUAACUUACAUGGCAGACAUAUUUGACCGUUUAAAUAUUUUAAAUUUAAGUCUGCAAGGAUCAAACACAAACAUGUUUUAUGCUAGUGAUAAAGUUAAUGCAUUUGUGAAAAAGUUGAAUUUAUUUAUUUCACAAGUAUCUAAGAAUGAUCUUUCAGCAUUCAAGACACUAAACACAUUUUGGAAAAAUAACGAAAUUCAGUCAAAUUCAAAUAUAAUUACAAACAUUUCGGAACACCUAUAAUUACUAAAAUCCAUUAUUUUACAAUAUUUUCCUGAGGAUUAUUCAGAAAUUAAAUGGAUCAUAAACCCUUUCGAAGAUGAUUAUAUUAAGAACAUUCCAGAUAGUAAUUUGGCAAAAGAAUUAUUUAUUGACUUAACCAGUGACUCUACUCUAAAAACCGCUUUCAAAACCAAAAAUAUCAUUAAUAUUUGGCUGGACGUUAAACAAGAAUACACGGCAUUGUCCACACAAGCUUAACAGUUUCUAAUCCCUUUUAUAUCAACAUAUCUGUGCGAAAAUACAUUUUCUCACUUAUUGUACACAAAAAAUAAAAAACCCAGCACAGUGGAGACGCGGCAUAGUGGGGACGUUGCAUAGUUGGGUCCAGUAUAGAUUUAAUCUGACAGUGAUUAAAAUCACUAUCAUAAGAAACGCUUCGAUGCAAAUCAGUAGAUAGUGUUUAAUUCUAAGAAAUUGGUGGAUAAUUACAAAAGCUACAUUAUCUGCUAGUUUCUUAUUAAUACCCUGAUUAAGAUAAAGUAUGUCGAAUGAAAAAGGGAUUAUUAAAAAAUAUUAUUUCUCAUAAAAAA